AUGAUCUCUACACUUGUUUUGAAACAGGUGGUUUCUGCCUUGUUCCUGUUCUCCACAGCCCAGGCUUUUGAUGCUGCUUCCAAGACCAACGUGGCUCUGUAUUGGGGCCAGAACUCGGCCGGCACUCAGCAGAGACUCUCCACUUACUGCGAGAGCGCUGCUGCUGACAUUUUCCUGCUCUCGUUCAUGACCUCGUUCUCCGACGCGGACACUCUUCCGACUCUGAAUUUUGCCAAUGCCUGCAACGACCAGUUCCCUGACGGACUUUUAAAGUGCGAUCAGAUUGCCGAGGAUAUCCAGACCUGUCAGGGUCUUGGCAAAAAAGUCCUGCUUUCGCUCGGUGGAGCCAGCGGUAGCUACGGCUUUAGUUCCGAUUCUGUUGCCGAGGAGUUUGCCGGCACGCUUUGGAACAUGUUUGGUGGCGGAGACGCCGACGAGCGGCCUUUUGGCGAGGCUGUUGUUGACGGAUUUGACUUUGAUAUCGAGAACAACAACCCUACCGGCUACGCCGCUCUUGCAACAAAAUUGAGAGAGUACUACAGCCAGGACACUUCCAAGGACUACUACAUUUCUGCUGCUCCUCAAUGUGUUUACCCUGAUGCCUCCAUUGGCGACAUGCUUGCCAAUGCCGACGUCGACUUUGCCUUUAUCCAAUUCUACAACAACUACUGCAACCUCGACAAGGAGUUCAACUGGGGUACCUGGGCCGAAUUCGCUGUUAGCACGUCUCCGAACAAGGACAUCAGCUUGUUCCUGGGACUGCCAGGGUCCAGCACGGCCGCCUCUACGGGUUACGUGGACGUCAGCACCGUGAAGAGCGCGCUCGAGAGCAUGGAUGACUCAAAUCUGGGAGGAAUCAUGCUUUGGGACGCCUCGCAGGCUUUCAGCAACGAGGUUGACGGCGGAAACUACGCCGAGGCAAUGAAGAGCAUCUUGACGGACAGCCAGGGUAGCUCGACUUCUGCCACAGUGAGUUCCAGCACGUCUCUGAGCUCUUUGUCCACGUUGUCCGCGUCGUCUGAAGAGAAAACUUCCACCUCUACCUCUUCCAGUGUUAGCAGCUCUUCAAGUGUCUCCAGCUCAGGUGUUCCAACUUCUAUAAUUGUUUCCAGCUCCAGCUCCAGCUCUGUCUCGACCAAUACCCCAACCACCUCCGAGUCAAGUGCUGCAGCUUCGAGCUCUGCUUCGAGCUCUGCUUCGAGCUCUGCCUCUUCUUCUUCCUCCGUCACCGCCACCUCCACACAAACACCACAGCCUACCCCACCUUCGACCACCCUCCAAACCAGAACCACAAGCAGCACGAGCUCGGCCACCGCCGCGCCAAGCGCCACGUACACCGACUGCUCGUCGCUGAGCGGACUGGCAAAAGCAAAGUGCCUGAAUGCAAACUUUGCCAACGGCCUGUUCAACGGGUCACCUGACUCGUGCUCCACGGAGGGAGAGAUUGCCUGUUCUUCAGACGGCUCGUUCGCCAUUUGCAACUACGGCAAGUGGGUCAAGAUGCAGUGUGCUGCUGGCACCACGUGUUACGCGUACGUGCAGAACUCGGACGUCGACGUGGGGUGCAACUACGAGGCUCAGAAAAGCUCGUUUACGAAAAGAGAUGGCUUCAUGGAUAUCUUCAAAAGAGGCUCAAGCCACAGUCAUCAUGCACACAGGGCGUAA